AUGGUGAUCGCCACGUCUGAUCCAAUUUUGGAGGCGGUUUCGUACCCAUACCCUAUGGACCGGAAGCGGCGCAAGUUGCGCGUGGCUAUCGUGACAGAAAACUUCUUGCCCAAGAUUGAUGGUGUUACGCGUACACUUGGACGUCUGCUAGAGCAUCUUCACUCUGAAGGACACGAAGCUAUCGUGUUUGGCCCCGAUACGGGCCUGAAGGAGUACCUAGGCCACCCUGUUGUCGGCACCUUUGGCAUUCCCAUCCUGGUGUACCCUGGCCUGAAGCUUAACUUUGCGCGCCUGCGCUUCAUCCGUCGUCUCCAGCAGUUCCGUCCGGAUGUUGUACACUUUGUCGACCCUAUCUGGCUCGGUGCUCAAAUGAUUCCCCUCUGCAAACGAUACCUUCCUAACGUUCCCCGUGUCUCUUCUUACCACACGAAUCUGCCCACAUAUGCAUCUCUCUUUGGUGUUGGUUUCCUGGAGCCAGCUAUGUGGUCGCUAUCACGCUACUUGCACUCGCAGUGUGAUAUGGUGUUUUGCCCCAGUGAGAGCACUCGUCGUAUGCUCCAGUCCCGCGGCAUCCAAAACAUCGAGAUCUGGGGCCGCGGUGUCGAUACGGACAUGUUUACGCCUGAAGCGCGCGACGAAAAUCUUAGGACUGGCUGGGGUUGUAAGCCUAAAUCCCAGGAGCUGCUCAACACAUUGCACGAUCAGGUUGUCUCCACGAUCGAGCGGAACAAGGUCGCUGAGGAAUCAUUUAUACGUACACCGGAAACGCUACCUGUAUCGGAGCUGAGUCCGCCGCCUGCUUACGAGAGCGUGUGUGAUGUGCCACCGCUUCCAGGCACCAACUUUGCCCUGCCGCCACCUGUCCUUACCCGCACGGCGACGGCGGCUUCCUCGUCAUUGUCGAGCGUGGACAAUGACAGCAAGGCCGUCGUGCUUUUUGUGGGCCGUAUCAGCUGGGAAAAAAAUGUGCGUUUGCUGAUUGAGGCCUUCCAUUUGUUGCCAGCCAGUGUCAAGUCGAAUGCCAAGCUUGUGAUCGUGGGCGAUGGCCCAGCACGUGCUGAGCUUACGCGUCUUUGCCAGCGGUACGGCCUCGACGCUGCCUUUAUGGGUCACCAAAAGGGUAAGCGCCUUGCUUCAAUGUACGCAAGCAGCAGCAUUUUCGGUUUUCCAUCGUUUACUGAGACUUUCGGGCAGGUUGUGCUAGAGGCCCUGGCUUCCGGCCUGCCUGUGGUUGGCUUGCAUGCUGAAGGCACCUCCGAUCUCGUGUGCCAUGGCACGACUGGUCUGCUCCUAGACACGGUGCGCGCUACAUCGUCGCAUUCUUCGCAGAGCAUGCCUGAUGUGCCUCCGCCUAGCCGCAACCGGCGUUCGUCGCUGGCCGAAAGGCUGCGAGAAGGCUCGGUACCCAGCGAUGCGCAGUCGCUGUCAGCCUCGAGUGGCCGCGCCGUGCCGUUGGCUGCGUCGAACACCGUCAAGCCUGGUCUCCCAUCGCCGAUCCCCUCUGUCAAGGAAUUUGCCUCGAUGAUGACGCCGGGCUCGCAGUCGUUUUAUCAAUGUGCUCAGGCGUACAGUAUUUUGCUCGAGCGUUUGAUCCGCGAUCGCACUCUACGUGCCACCAUGGGCCAGCGUGCGCAACAGUAUGCUUCGAACCGAACGUGGUGGGACGCGAUGGAAGCGCCGGUGCGUGGCUAUGAGCAGGUCAUUGCCCGCGCGGGACAGAUCAACCUGACGGACGCUGAGCUGGAAGCUCUGCGCAAUGCUCAGCGCAAGAUUGCGCCGCUAUCUGGUCCGAUUGUGACGAUGACGGUGAUCUUGUAUCUAGCUCUCUUUGUGUUGCUGUGGACAUAUCUUUUGUAG